AUGUUGCUCCCUGCCUUUCGCCUGCUCUACCUGCAUCUUUUUUUCCUCGGUGAUUCGGCUUCUGGUUGCCAGGAAACAGGGAUGCUUUCAGACUUCAGUCUCCCUGGGGAUCACAUCCUCGGAGGUUUAUUCUCAAUUCACUCUGGCUUCGAAGAAGCGAGAUCCAGACCGGAAGUGACCAGUUGUGAUGGGGUUGAGCGAUUCAACAGCGAUGGCUACCACCUGUUCCAGGCCAUGCGGUACAGCAUCGAGGAGAUUAACAACUCCAGCUCUCUCCUCCCCAAUACCACCCUGGGUUACGAGCUGUACGACGUGUGCACCGAGUCCUCCAACCUGUUCGCCACGCUGAGCCUGCUGGCCGAGUCCCAGGGGCACCGCGUAGAGGUCCAGAGGGACCUCACCCGCUCUCUGCCCAAGGUGGUGGCCGUGAUCGGACCGGACAGCACCAACUACGCCUUAGCUUCAGCGGUCAUUUUGAGCGCCUUCAUGGUGCCCCAGAUCAGCUACGAGGCCUCCAGCACGAUGUUCAGCCAGAAGCGGACCUUCCCGUCGUUCCUGCGCACCAUCCCCAGCGACAAGAACCAGGUGGAAGCCCUGGUGCGCCUGCUGGGGGAGUUCGGCUGGCACUGGUUCUCCCUGGUGGGCAGCGACAACGAGUACGGCCGGCAAGGGACACAGAGCCUGCGGGCCCUGGCCACCCAGCGGGGCAUGUGCAUCGCCCACCAGGGCACGGUGCCCCUCGGGGCCCAGCCUGGCGACCGGGAGAUGCGGGCCCUGGUGGCCAAGGUCAACCGGACUUCGGUGGUAGUCGUCUUCUCCGACUGGCGGCUGGCCAAGGUCUUCUUCGAGACGGUGGUGCGGGAGCGAUUGAGGGAGAAAGUGUGGCUGGCCAGCGAAGACUGGUCCCUCUCCCGCUCGGUCUCGAGGCUGCCCGGGGUCCGCGGCCUCGGCACGGUCAUCGGGGUGGCCGUCCAGCAGGGCCGGGUCCCCGGGAUCGGAGCCUUUGAGGCCGCCUACGCCCGGGCCGAGAAGAAGCGGGCGCGGCCGGGCCCGGAGGCCUCCUGCCGGGCCGGCAACCAGAUCUGCUCGCGGUGCCGGGCCUUCACCCGCGACGACAAGCCGGAGCUGGAGCCCUUCGCCAUGAGCGUGGCCUACAACGUGUACGCGGCGGUGUACGCGGUGGCCCACGGGCUCCACCAGCUGCUGGGCUGCUCCUCGGGAACCUGUGCCAGAGGCCGAGUCCACCCGCAGCAGCUCCUGGAGAAGAUCUGGCAAGUGAAUUUCUCGUUAGAGGGGAAUCCUGUGCACUUUGACCCCAACGGAGACCCAGCCAGAGGCUACGACAUUGUGGUGUGGGGGUGGAAUGGCCCCAAUUGGACCUUCAGCAUCAUUGGUUCGGCCAGAUGGGACCCGAUCCAGCUCACCGUUGAUCGGGCCCUGAUCCAGUGGCACACGAGGGGCAACCAGGUGCCGCGGUCCGUGUGUUCGGAGGACUGUGCCGAGGGCCAAGAGCGGGUCAUCACGGGACACCACCACUGCUGCUUUGACUGCGAGCCCUGCAGAGCGGGAACCUUUCUCAACAAAAGCAACCCCUACGCCUGUCAGCCGUGCGAGAAGGAUGAGUGGUCGCCGGCGGGGAGCGCGGCCUGCUUCAACCGCACCGUGGUCUUCCUCACCUGGCGCGAGCCCGUCUCCUUGGCCCUGCUGGCGGCCAACUCCGCGCUGCUGCUGCUGCUGGCCGGCACGGCCGCCCUGUUCGCCCGGCACCGGCGCAGCCCGGUGGUGCGCUCCGCCGGCGGCCGGACGUGCUUCCUCAUGCUGGGCUCCCUGGCCGGGGGCAGCUGCAGCCUCUACUGCUUCUUCGGGGAGCCCACGGCGUCCGCCUGCCUGAUCCGCCAGUCGCUCUUCACCGUCUGCCUCACCGUGUGCCUGUCCUGCGUGACCGUGCGCUCCCUGCAGCUCAUCUUCAUCUUCAAGGUGGCGCGCCGGGCUCCCGGGCUCUACCGGGCCUGGGUCCGCCGCCGGGGGCCCGGCGUCUUCGUGGGGCUCAGCUGCGCCGCUCAGCUGCUGCUCUGCCUCUCCUGGCUGGCCGCCCGCCGCCCCGUGCCCGCCAGGGAGUACGGCCACUUCCCGGACCAGGUGGUGUUCCGGUGCUCGGAGGGCAGAUCCUGGGGCUCCACGCUCGGGGUAGGCCUCGUCGGGCUCCUCUCCGUGCUCUGCUUCGUCUGCAGCUAUCUGGGCAAGGACCUGCCCGAGAACUACAACGAGGCCAAAUGCAUCACCUUCAGCCUCAUCCUCUACUUCUUCUCCUGGGUGGGCUUCUCCGUGAUCUACAGCGUCUACCGGGGCAAGUACCUGGCGGCCGCCAACGUGCUGGCCAUCCUGAACAGCCUCGCUGGCAUUUUCGGCGGCUACUUCGUGCCCAAGUGCUACGUCAUCCUCUGUCGCCCCGACCUCAACAGCAGCGAGCGCUUCCAGGCCUCCAUUCAGGACUACACCAAGCGCUACAACUCGGCCUGA